UAUUUAGAAAGUAUUUACAAACAUCAAUAAAUAUUCCAUUGAAAUCUCUCUGAGUUGGUGUUAAUGCGGGCAAAUACUUUUCAGAGAAGGAUUAUUUGAGGGCGUUAUCUAAGAUGUCAAAAUCAACGUUGGAAAUAUUUGAAGUGAUCAUUUUAAUAUCAAUUGACGUUUGUGCUUUAACUGGUAACUGUAUGAUUAUACUUGCAUUCAUAUUUGGUCCUAAAUCUUUAAGGACAUUAACCAACUACUUUGUUGUUAAUCUGGCUGUGGCUGAUUUAAUGGUUUCAAUUUUGCCGCUGCCUUUCUGGAUUGCAUUUAACAUUGACUACAAUAUUAUCAAUAGAAAUACAGUAUAUUUCUUUAAUACGACGAAUGUUCUCUUUGGAAUUACAUCAAUAUUUAGUCUGACUGCCAUCAGUUUAGAACGAAUGUUUGCUGUUAAAUUUCCAAUUCGUCAUUUUAACUUGUCAUCAGCUUUGGUUUUUAUUGUAAUUGCAUUUACAUGGUUUAUUGGAAUUGUUUUCUCAGUGGCACAAUUUUUUAUAUCAUUUCAAAAUAUAAGAUGGUAUAUUGCUUUUUUAUUGGUAUUUGCUUAUAUUUUUCCUCUAUUUAUAAUUGUUAUUUCUUACUUAUUAUAUUUUUAUAUUCUUAUUAUAUUUUGCGCAAUUCGGAUGAUGAAAGAUAAUAGUAAUCAAGACGAAAAAACUAAACUACGAGUUGCCAUGACUAUAUCUGUAGUAAUUGGAUUGUUUCUUAUUUGUUGGAGUCCUUCCUUUAUUUUAACCACGGUUCACCUAUUUUGCAAAGAUUUUUAUUGUAGUAUGCUACCGUUAUGGUUAACCAACAUCUCUCAAAUGUUGCAUUACAGUAACAGUAUGAUGAAUUUCUUUGUUUACGGAUACCGAAACCCAGAUUUUUGUCAUAUAUUUCGGGCAUUUUUGAAAUGCCGUUUAAGUCUAAUGCAAGGUAGAGUACGCUCAUUGUCCGAAAGCAUAAAUCUUGAACAUAGUUUAUCAUUCAAAAGAGAAAGAAAUACUGGAAAUAGUGAUAUAUAAACAGGCAUUUUGAUGUUGUUUUUGAACUUAUUGUUGUUAAUAUUGCAGUUGUUGGGUUUAUUUUUGAUAGAAACAUUUAUAAGCAUAUUUCA